AGUAUUUAUUUACCAGUUAAAAAAAAAAGAAUUGUCAGUUAAAUUCACUUACGGUGCCAAGGUCGAUAACUCUUAUUUAUAUACACCUUAGUUGGUUGGUACUCGUGCGUAGUGUCAGUCUAUCCGGAACUGUGUUCCACAUCAAAAAUGCCACCAAAUAAGAAAAUACAACAUAACGCUUUUUAUUAUUAUAUGAAACAGUUGAUGGAAGAAAUGAAACUAGAAGGCCACAAUUUCCCUAAUGGCUUAGCAGAUGUUGUUGCUAUCGCUGGCCCCAAAUGGAAGCUGAUGACAACCAACGAAAAAUAUCCUUAUGAAAAAAUGUCUCGCGAAAUUAAAGAAAAUUCCCGUAAAAAGAAUAACACUAGUAAUAAGAAAAGUGAUUCGCGUUUGGACUGUACAGGACAGUUAAUUUCUAGCCACACUGAACCCCUCGACGAAAUUGCCAAAUUUUACGCUGAGCAAGAUCGAGAUGUUACCUCAAAAUGGCCGCAUAACUCGGAUAUACUCUACGAAAAGUUUUAUCUUCUAAAUUUCCAGCUACUGUGUAAAACCUCAGAUGACGAAUGCUUACCAGUUGAAGUUUCUGCUUUGGAAUACAAUAUGAAAGAGGGUAUUACUAAAGAGAUGCACCAAUUUAUUAACGCGGGUUCUAUUCCCGUUGGCUAUAGAUAUGAGGCUCAAUUUCACAGUGAUAACACUCAUCAAAUUCCUAUAGAAAACUUUGAAAUGGCUACAUCUGAUUAUACCCAACUGUGGAAGGAUUUGCUUAAAUUUUCUGAUAAAAAACAAUUUUAUUGUUUGUCAAGAGAUUUUAAAGAAGUUGAAAGCUGUUUGAAUUGGAUAAGUGUACGAAGUGAAAGUGCUCGGUCAAAAUAUAUUCAACUUUAUGCACUUGAGAAGCUUGUCAUGGAUUUGUUUAAACAUAAUGGCUUUUCUGUCGCGAAAUAUCAAAUUCUUGACAUGCUGACAACCACUGCAUUCGAUUACGAACCCAAUACUCGUUGUCCUUGGCAUGAACAGGCUAGUCUUAUUCAUUGUAGUUUGGCCAUUAUUCGAAGAUAUGCGUAUGCCAUGUCUGACUCUCUGGUCAACGUUUAUGAAUUCACACUCACUUCUCAGCAUCUUCCCGUAAAAGAUAGUAAAAGUAAAGGCGUGUCGUUAAACCCUCCUCACUUCGGCAGCAGAAAAAACAACUAUUCCCGUCCAGCUACUGAGAAAAACAAACAUUGGUCUGAAAACACUAAACAAGACUCUCCUAAGGUUAAGCAGAAUUUUUCUGCAGAUGAUGAAGAAUUGGAAGCUCUCCGAAAACCACUUACUAACGCUAAUGUUACUUGUGCCACAAAACACAGCUAUUUCGAUCAUAAUAAGGACCUACAUCCAUUUGGAACGAAAUCAGAGAAUGAAUCUAAUUGUUGCAGUCAUAACGUUAGUGUUUCUGAUACUGUAAGCGAAUGUGACAGUGAACUAAAUCAUAUCUCUGAGGAAAACGAAGUUCUGCAGAAUCCAUUCCAAUUUGAACCCGUUUUUCCCAAUCUAUCAAAUACAAGGAGCCAGUUACCAGCAUCGACUACAGCUUCUCGGGCGUGGGUAAGCUCGACACCAAAACCUUCACAUAUAUCGGAGACGGACUUUCCAUCUUUAACCAGUAGUAUUUCUUCGGGACCACGGGUAGUGACUCCCUCCUACCGACAACAAGUGGCUAUGCAAAGAGAUGUACCUAGCAGGCCUUGUUUUGCAGCUAUGGUAGGUCGAGGGCGUGGAAGGGGCCUAAUUGCAAAUGCUUGCCCUAAAUAGUCUUUUUACGCACACUCGAAACCUUUUACAUUUAUGUUUACAUCAUUGACAUGCAUAAAAAAAAAUAUUUUUUCAUUUAUAAACUCUUACCGUAUCUAUUUAAAUCUGCAAACAUUAACGUUUUAACUUUUCUAUAAAUAAAAAUAAACUUGCUAAGUUUUUAUAACUUAGCCUCUAUUAUUUUAAAACUCCUCUAUAAGUUGUCAAACGAGAUGUCUCGGUUCUCAAAAGUAAAUAACCACUCUCUUUACAGAGCAUGAAAUUCUAUUAAAACCUAUGUUGAUUUUUAGAAUUUAUUGAUUGUAACAUAAAAACAAAACCAGUUUCGCUACAUAACUGGUUUGUAUGUAGAUGAAUAAAUCUGUAUGCACUGGUUUAUAAAACAAUUUUCCAUAUUGUUACUUACAAACGUUAACAAAUUUCUAUUUCAAAACUGUUAAUCAUCAAAGUUGCUAUAAAGAUAUUUUAUUUAUAUAUAGAUAUAUAUAUAUAAUUCAAAUCGUAAUAAGAUAGUAUUAAUUUUAUUU